GUCUGUCUGUUCUCUUCUCCGCUCCCCCCUCUCUUUUCCUUCCUUAGCAGUGGUUGUGUAUGCUGUUGUGUGUUGAGCCAAGAUGGUAGCUUGCAGUCUGCUUAUACUGAUGACUAGAUCAUACGAUCUAACUGCGAUUUUGGACUGCGGAUUUUUAAGCACGGGCGUAGGCUUUAUGCUGCUUCCAUCUUGCUUUUCAUCAUACGUGGCUGCCUGAACCUCGUGUGCUAGAUUUCUUUGUUUUGUUUUUCUCUCUCUCUCCUUAUUUAUUUAAAUUUUUUUCUUUCUGUUUUGUCUUUUAUUUAUUUUGUCGGGAUGAGUGGUGGUUUCCCAUUUCUGUUGUUGACUCGCUGCAGUUGUGCUGGCGGCUGCGGUGGUCAAAGUAGAAGUAAUAUUACUAUUAUGUUAGUUUAUUGUCGUCGUUGUUGUUGCGAGGGGACCUUUUCACUGUGAUGUUUCUUAUGACGGCAAUAAGGAAUGAAAGUUCAAAAAUAUGUUAAGUUGCAACAGUACAAGUGGGAAACUAAAGCAAUGGAUAAUAUCCAUACUCUGGAUCCCCGAAAACAGGAACUUUUAGAAGCCAGAUUUAUUGGUAACAGAGGUCUAGUCAAUUUUAAUAUUCAUGCUCAGCAGUUGCCUCUUCAACUGCAGCAACAAUUAGUACAACCUCCCAUGAUGACUCUUCCUGGGAAUCUGCCGCUUCAAGCUCAAACUACAACAUUAGGAAUCAAUCAUGCCUCAUCUGGGACCAGCAGUAACAGUAACAUAAACAAUAAUCCUGAUUCCAAUCUCAGUGCUGCCAGUUAUGGAUCUCACACUAGUGAUAAAGAAUUAGAUACUCCUGAAAAACUCGGACAUCGGACUACCAGUGGAUCGGAGAGAAAGAGAAAAAGAAAAGAUGAUGGCAUGAAAUCUGCACGUGAAAGUGCUAAAAAAAUUAAUGAGUAUUUUAAGGGUCAUAGUCCUAGUCGCUAUGCUGGUUCUAAGUCUCCUACACCUCAAAGUUACAUGUAUGCUCAAGUGCAGCAGAAUAUGGGUUCGCCAUCUAGUACUCCCCUCAGUGCCAGUAUAGAUUAUUCAAGCCUAAUGGCGCCUCCUCUAUGUCAUGCCAUCUAUCGAUCAGUGCAAACAGAUCUUACCAUUAAUAAAAUCAAGGAGCUUGAAAAUAAGUCUGCAUUAGACCUAGAAAUGCGUGAUAAUCGAAUUGAAGAGCUUCAAAGGGCAAAUGAAGAAUUAAAGCGUCAACUUUCAACCCAGCAGAAAACAGCUGAGAAAAUGAAGGAUCAACUUCAGCGAUGUCAUGAUGUUACUAAACAACUAUUAAUAGAAAAGUCUUUAAUGGAAAAGAAAGCAUGUCGUCAAAAAUGUAUGCAAAAUAGGUUAAGGCUUGGUCAAUUUAUAACACAAAGGCAAGGAGCUUCAUUUGCUGAAAAUUGGGUGGAUGGUUUUGCAUUUACUGAACUAAUUAAAAAACAAGAACAAAUAGCAAUGGAAAGAGAAGAAAUUGAAAAGCAGCGUAAAAUGUUAGGUAAAAAGAAGCCAAAUGCAACUCAGCCUAGAGGUAGAGCUAAUUCAGCUUUAGCAAACGGUGACUUUCUUCGACCUGAUCCCCUCAAAGAUUUACUCAGCUGGUCUGAGUAUUUUGAACAAGAAGAAAUCUUUAAAUUAAGACAAGUCUCUUUGAAGAAGGAGGACACUGAUUUGCAAUUAGAGUUAGAGAAAUUAGAAAGGGAAAGAAAUCUUCACAUUCGAGAACUAAAAAGGAUUCACAAUGAAGAUCAAUCUAGGUUUAAUAAUCAUCCUGUAUUACACGAAAGGUAUCUACUGCUCACACUACUGGGUAAAGGUGGUUUUAGUGAAGUACAUAAGGCUUUUGACCUGAAAGAGCAAAGGUAUGUGGCUUGUAAAGUUCACCAAUUAAAUAAAGACUGGAAAGAUGACAAAAAAGCAAACUACAUAAAGCAUGCCCUUAGAGAAUAUAAUAUUCACAAGUCCCUUGAUCAUCCUCGUGUUGUAAGGCUGUAUGAUGUCUUUGAAAUAGAUGCCAAUUCCUUUUGUACAGUCUUAGAAUACUGUGAUGGUCAUGAUUUAGAUUUCUACCUCAAACAACAUAAAAAUAUUCCUGAAAGAGAAGCCAGGUGUAUUAUUAUGCAAGUCGUUCAUGCCUUAAAGUACCUGAAUGAAAUCAAACCACCUAUUAUACAUUAUGAUCUCAAACCUGGAAACAUUUUACUAGGCAGUGGGGAAAUUAAAAUAACAGAUUUUGGAUUGAGCAAAAUUAUGGAUGAUGAAAAUUAUAGUCCUGAAGUAGGAAUGGAUCUUACUUCUCAGGGUGCUGGAACAUAUUGGUAUCUUCCACCUGAAUGUUUUGUUGUUGGUAAAUCUCCUCCUAAAAUAUCAUCUAAAGUUGAUGUCUGGAGUGUAGGUGUAAUAUUUUAUCAGUGCCUGUAUGGAAAAAAGCCAUUUGGUCAUAAUCAGUCUCAAGCUACAAUAUUAGAAGAAAAUACUAUUUUAAAAGCUACUGAAGUAGAGUUUCCUGCCAAACCUGCUGUUAGCAGUGAGGCCAAAAAUUUUAUUCGGAGGUGCCUACAAUAUAGGAAAGAAGACAGAAUAGAUGUUAUUUCACUGUCGGCUGAAGACUAUUUAAAACCAAAUUACUCUAAGCACAGUAGACAGUCAAGUACAUCUCUGGACAAAACAUAGCCUUCUCUCAACUAGUUAACUAAAUUUUCAUUUUUUUCUAAUUAAAUGUGUAUAUAUAGCCUAUUUGUGAGUGACAACAACACUCUGUUAAGGCAUCUUCAGCUCAAAAGGUUGAUUGUUGCUAUUUCCUAAAUACAUGGAAAACAAAAAAAAAAAGAACUCUACUUCCUCAUUGGUCAGCAAGAGGAGCUUGCACUUCAACCUCUAGCUGAUUAUAUUCUGCUUCAUUCCUUGUUCCUAAAUCGCUCUUGAGGUCUGCCAAGGAAGUUGAAAAAAGAAGAAGAAAAAAAAAGAAGUUGCUGUGAUAAGGAAAGUGUGGGUGGACUGGACACUAAAAAAUUUCGCCCACACACAAGCAUUGGAAUUAUAUAUAUAAAUAUCAUAAUUAUAUAUAUAAUAAAUGUAUGUAUAAAAUUUGGACUCAAAAAAAAAAAGGCAAAAUAAGCACCAUCACACUUUGAUUUUUGUGAUUGAAUUUAUUUUGUUUUUUGAUGCAGCUGUCGGGAACUAGCUCUCGCUGCGGUCUGUAAGUAGUGUGUACAAUGAAAGUGUGUAAAUGUGCAUUGUGUGCUUGGAAUUAGUGUGUGGCCUAUGUGAAGAGAUGGGUUUAAAUGUGUGUGUUUAUUUGAAAUAGAGUUUGAAUGUGAUGAUGAAAGCUUGACAAUUCCAUGCUUCCAGAAGUAGUUUAUACAUUGGGCUUUCUUCAAACCCCUCUCCUUGUAAUGCUGUUGUGUAUACAAUAAGUCAAUUCCGUGAAAGAAUCAUUGCAAAAGGGUAAAGACGGAAGUCGGCAAACAAUAAAUAUGAAAAUGAAUUAUUUGUAGGAACUUAGAACUUUAGUUUUUUGAAAAUAUUAAAUUAAAUUUAUAGCAGGGUUAGCUUUUUUAUUUUAAAAAUUCGUAUGUUAUGAGACAAGCCAGGGGUUUGUCCAGGUCAAAUUUUAGCAGUACCUUCACAAAUUCAACUUUAGAAAAAACGGUAGGGUAAACUGAGAUUCUCCGCCUCUUAAAAUUUUGUUUUUGUAUCCCCACAAAAAAAAAAAACUGUAAAUCGCAGAGUUUUUUUAAAAAUUAAGCAACGAGGUUCUCUAAACACAGGAAUUCCAAAUUCAAACAUUAUCUUCAUUAUUGUAAAUUUAUUCUAACAGACCUUUAUUUUUUAUGAAAUAUUUUUUUCUCUCUAUGAAACUUUUUUCUGUCUGACCUAGUCGAAAAUAAUGAAAGUUCUGAUAAUGAAAAUAACUUUUAGUUCUAGUUCUUCUAAAUGCAAGUUAAAAUUUAACUAUGGACAAUGAAUUUUUAAAUUUGGAUACAAUUUUAAGCUCGGAAUUUUACAAUAGCAAAAUUAUUUUCUAAUAUAUGGGGGAAAAUAUUUGGAAAUUUUCCAGUCAUAAAUGAUUUUUAUUUGUAGUGACAAUUUUUUUAAAUAAUUUCUUAUUUUACCAUAUUUUGGUGUUGAUUUUUAAUGUGACUUUUAAUUUUCACAAAAUAGGUACUUCUCCAAAAAAACCUAGACAGACCCCUGCAAGCAUCAAUAGUUGAUUUAAACUUUCUAAAACCUAGCAUGGGAUCUUGUGAUCGUGAUAAAACUUAAAAAUAUAAAAUAAACCUUCAGUUUCAUGAU